AUGACACCGCUUCAAGUAUUGUUCAUCUUGCUGGGUGUGGCCGUUGUGGCGCAGUGGAACCUCCUUCUGCGCCUUCCGCAAACCGUUGUCGCUGCUGUUUGGUUAGCUGUGAUGACAGCAGUGAUUUCAGCGUCGUGGUCCACAAUGCUUCUUGUGGAGCGGGUCUGCGGUCUUUGCGAAGCUAAUGCGCAUGGGCAGCUGGUUAACCCAAGUUCUUCCGGUACUCCCUUGCGCAAGACUGUCUUCAUGGCCUUGUUUUACCCUCUCUUACUGACAUUCAGCGCUGGUGUUUCUGUAACUCUAGCGUGGCGUGACUCUCUACUACUAGGCGGGGUUGCCUCUGGUUGUGUAGCAUUUCUGGAGCAACAGUUGGAAAUGUGGCCCCGUCGGCGGGACCUGAAGUUUCGCGUGGUGAGUUGCACUUUGUGCGGGUUUGCUCUCUUUUGUACUGCUCUACUGUGGUCUUUCCACGUAACUUCUCCAAGGGAGGAAAGCUCCAUGGGGUCGUUAGCGCAAUUUGCGGUUAUCAUGUGGACUGCUGCACUUACCACUGGACUCCUGAAACUAUUAUUGUUUGCCACUUUGCACGCAUGGCACACAUCUAACGUUUUGACGGGACGGGCUGGAAGUGUGGACUUCGACCCCAUGGAGGAGGUGGGUCUGUCCAUCCGUAUCUGCUGCUCUUUGAUCUUGCUGGUUGUGUCUGGUGAACACCUGCCAAAUUUUACCGGAAUUUUAGUACAUGUUGUGGUACUGGCACCCUUCCUUGAUGUCCUGUAUGCGGCCUCGAUCCUGUUUCGCUUCCGACACGUUGUGGACUCUUUCCCGGAGGUUGGUACUGCGGCGGACUGUGUGAUCUGCUUUGAUCCUGUCACUGACUCAGCACGUGGACGGCAGCUGCGCUGUGGGCAUAUUUUCCACAGUCGCUGUCUGCGCAGAUGGUUAAUGCGGGCAGCACGCUGCCCCACGUGCCGCCAGUAUGUUUUUCACCAAGAAAAUGCACUGUUUCCCGUUGAACUGUUUUAUGACUUUCGAGCUAAUAUACGCCACCGCGGUGUUGGUGAUGAGGAUGCGCAGCGGGGGCGGCGGCCGCGGGAGUUGCCAUAUGCCGGGCGGAGUGUUGGCGUGCAAACACCUGUUUACCAAAGCUUAUUCCCUGUCGGCGGUCAUGCACCAUCCCGCCAUGUGGCCAUUUCUUCAAGUCCUGCAGUGGAGACCGCUCUGGGCUACGGUGUUACAUUUGCCGAUGAGGUCGCUUUCACGCCGGGCGGGCCGUCUGUUCGGUCUGCAGCGUCGUCGACUAGGGAGGCGGUGAUUGCGUCUGUUCAUUCGGAUGAGUUCACCGAUACGCCUAUUGCAGCCGUUCCAGUAGUAGUUAGGCAGAGGGGGGUAACAGCGGCCACACGAUACAAAAGUGGUGGCGAAUUGAGUGUCGGAGGGGGGUUAGGAGAGAGAUCAGCGGUGGAGGCAACAAAUAUUGAUGGGGGCGGCCGUGAGGCUUGUACGGUCGUCUCCACCCGGAGUGGCGGUCGGGGGAGGAAACGGCAGAGGGACUCUAGCUGA